UCAAGUGUGUCAAAAGUGUUCAGGAAGUACACGGGUGCAGCGGCAGACGGACAGGCGAGCACCUCCGGUUCAAGCCGGGGUGAUUCGCAGUCCGUUGACGCUGAAUCCGUGUCACUUGCUAGCGCUGUAACUUCCGGAAUGGCUACGAUGAUAUCGAAGCUGAAAAUCGGCGUGUCCACCUCGCCGCCUCCAUUGGAGAAUAACCCGAUACUGCAAUACUUUGAAGUGGGCAAUGAGUGUUGCAAUGCUGGGCCCGGCCUGGUGUGGAGAGUGCAUGAUGCCUACAGGAAGAGCGAUGGAAAGGAGUGCUCGGUGUUCGUGUUUGACAAGCGCAUAGCUGAGAAGCUGUACAAGCUGAAGCGCAAGGAGACCAUGAUCGAGAGGAUCCGCUACUGCGUCAGCCAGCUCGAGAAGAUGCGUAACCCUAAGAUGCUCCAGAUCAUCCAUUCGCUCGAGGAAGGCAAUUAUACUAUCGCAUUCGCUUCCGAGUCAGUGUUAGCCAGCCUCCAUAACAUUCUAGCAUGGCAUGAGUCGGAGCCCUCACUGCCGAACGCUCCACCGCCGGUUAUGCCCUAUCCUUUAACGCUUUCUCCGUCGGGUUCAUCGAUUCCAACAACGCCGACGGACUCUCCGGUGCGCCCUCCCUUCGCUAAGGAGUACUACUUCAUAGACUUAGAGUUGCGCUAUGGCCUGCUUCAGAUCAUUGAAGCCCUGAAUUUCUUGCACUACACGACGCGUCAGAUCCAUCGCAACAUCUGCCCCCAAGUGAUCAUUGUCACCAAACGUGGCACUUGGAAGCUAUUCGGACUCGAAUUUGUGGAGGACAUUUUGGGCCCGGAUCCGACUGAUAUGAUUCCCGUGCCGCCGUGGUCCGUCAAGGUGGCUAAGAUCUGCCAGCCUAACCUGGACUUCAUGGCUCCCGAAAUGCAGACUAACGCACAAUGCAACAUAUUGUCGGAUAUGUUUUCGCUGGGUCUUGUCAUCUGCGCCAUCUUCAACAGCGGCAGAUCUCUGAUCCAAGCCAACAACAAUCCGAUACUUUACAUGAAGCAGAUGGAUUACUUGGAGCAACAAGUGCAUGCGGUACUAUCACGUGUGCCGUGCGGCCUUCAAGAGGCAACCCAGCGUCUACUCUCGAGGGACCCCCACCCUCGUCCGACCACCCAACUCCUGCCACUGAUUAAAUACUUCAAGUGUCAGACCGAACCGGCAAUCCAAGCGAUGCAGUUCUUGGACGUGAUCACCAUGAAAGAUCCGAACCAGAAGACCAACUUCUAUAACUCCGUGCUCCUGGAAGCAUUGCCCUACAUUCCAAAGAAACUGCGUUGGCAACAUGUAUGGCCGGUGCUGCAAAUGGAAGUAAGGACCGCUGAAGUGUUGGCUCCUGUGCUGCAGCCCAUUAUCUGGCUCACUAAUGAAGCCAGUCCUGAGGAGUUCAAUAACUACGUUCUUCCCACUCUCAAGAUUUACUGUUAUCUCCACAGGAGCCUGAUGAAUUCGCCGAAAACUAUCCAGGCUUCUGUAACUUUGUUAGAGAGCUUGCAUAUAAUAUUAAAGAAGUGUGAAGAAGAUGUGAUUCGCAAUGAGCUGAUGCCACUGCUGUACAGCUCAAUGGAUCAUAAUGCUCACCAGAUCCAGACGGCGACUCUGAUUGCCCUGCAAAAUGUCCACGAUUACGUGGAGGAUGAGCAUUUGCAUUCCGAAGUCAUGGGCAAAGUGAAGAUAUUGAUUGAAAAGAACAAGAGCGAUGUUAAGAUCAUUAGUUUGAUCCUUGGGUUCUUCGAGAAGGUUCUGGUUAGACUUGAACGCGACGAUAUCACGGACAACGUGAUCCCAACCUUGCUCACUAUGCGGCUGAGCGACCCGGACAUUGUCAAUCGGGUUGUCAAACUUUAUAAGGCGAUCCUUAUGGAAAGGAAGUUUGGAUUGACCCCCAGUGCCAUGGCAACUCAAAUGAUACCAUCCUUGGCACCGCAGACCGUCAAUCCUGGAUUGAACAUCGAUCAGUUCGGCAACCUAAUGGAGGUAAUAUUAUAUGACAUGCUGGACAACAUUGAUAAGAAUCAACGUCAUAAAAUGAGACUGGAAGGACAUGGCACGGGAAGCCCCGACCGUCACCGAGCCCUGCGCCACCAGAGAAGCAAUGACAACAUGAACGCUCCGCCGUUCAACAUCCCCAACCUUCGUGUUGAGCAGCGCAAGACCUCCAGUGCCGAGGACAUGGCGCGUAAAAACUCCGUCAGUGGCCCCAGCCCCGUUAGCGGCAUCGGUGCCUUCAAGAACAAAUUUGCCCUUGGCUUCGGUCAAUGGUUCUUCGGCUCCAGCAGCUCGGCCAAUAAUGAUAACAAUUUCUUGCGCGUCGGCAACGCUUCGCCUAAUCGCCGUUUAUCGGAUAACACUCUAAUGACACCUAAGAUUCGCAUCGCACCGUCUUGUGCGUCGUCUCCGGGUGGGACUCCAGGCGGCAACAAUUCGGGCUUGCCAACACGCCGCCACUCCAGCAUUGGCCCCCAGGAACGUCGUGCUUCUGCCGUUAAUCUAUCGCCGCCAACCGGCUACCAGUUCAGAGGACGCGGUGGUUCAGGCUCGAGCCUGUCAGUGCCGGCGACUUCCCAUGCUGUUGGGGGUUCGAUGCCCAAUACAUCGUCGAGCGUGCCGUUCUUGCUGACUUCAUCGAUGCAGUCGAUUCGUUCGCGACGUCCGUCGUGCGCGAGCGGGAGCGCAAGCGCCCAGGGUGGGUCUGGCUUGCUGCAGCAGAUCAGCAGCGGCAUGGUAAGGCACUUCCCGAUAGGGUCGCACCACAGCAUGCAGGCCCACGUGCACGCGCCGCUCGGUGCCAUCCAGAACGCCACCGCCGCCGGCUACAACGCCCUGCAUCAAACCGCCAUGGCCGUGCGCAAAUGCCCUUCUCUCAACAUUACACUCACUCGCUAGACCCACAGCGAUACCAUCAGGGACGCUGCCGACAGCGCAACGCUUCUUCGCGCCGGUCGACAACAGCUACACCGACUAACCUUUCGCGUUCAAUAAAACUUCUUAUUUCUUCGGCAACGGCUA